AUGGCGCCGAAGAAGGGCCUCGUGGCCACGCCGGGCCAGAAGUCGAUCGCGAGCUUCUUCGCGAAGGCUCCGAAGCCGGCCGCGAGCAGGCAAACACCUGUGGCCGCGCCAAAGCCUGCGGCGGGGCUGAAGGCGUCGCGAACGUCCGACGCGGCCGGUACGCCUGAGAACAAGGUGCAGCAGGAGGCCGAGGACCCGCCCACGCUCCCGGUUGGGUCCACGCCGCCGUCGAAAACGGGCUCGCGCACUGCCAAGCGGACGGCCAGUGGCGGGGAGCCGGCCGCGCCCCCUGCGAAGCGGUCCAAGGACGCUACGCCCGCUAAAAAGGCACAGAAGGCGAAGGAGAAGGCAUUCACGCCGAACAAGAAGGCCGCGAAGGACGUCGCGGCCGCAACGCCGGCACCCAAGGAAACCACUCCAGCGCACAAGCAGGAGAGCGACGUGGGCUCGAAGUGGAUCCCCGCCGGCCCGGACGCGAUCGGCACGCGCCUGGAGGUGUAUUGGGAGGACGAGUCCGACUGGUUUGCUGGGGCCGUCGCUGACUACGACGCCGACGAGGACAAGCACCUGGUCGAGUACGACGACGGCGACGAGGAGUGGCUGGAGCUCGCGGGCGAGAAGACGCGCCCCACGGGGCCGAAGCCGGCCCGCCCCACGCGCCGCGCUGUGCGUCGCGCAAAGGCGGCCAAGGCCGACGACGACGAGAGCGGGAUGUCUGAGCUGGAGGACAGCGACGAGGAGGGCUCGGAGGAGGGCGACGAGGACUCGGCGAGCGAGUUCGAGGCCGGCGCGUCCGACGCAGAGGAGGAGGCCGCGGACGACGACGACGCGGUCGACGACGACGCCAGCAUGGACGACGCUGACUCUGGGGAGGACUCCGACGCUGACGUGGCUCCGCGCGCCCCGAAGCGGGCCAAGAAGGCGGCGCCCGCAAAGAGGGAGAAGCCGGCGGCGAAGGCGCGCGCCGACACGUCGCCGGCGCCCGCUGAGCGCAUGGACGUUGACGGCGGCGCGGAGGAGACGCCCGCGGCUGCGAGGCCUGGGGUUGAGACGCCGGCGAGCGACCCGAAGAAGGCGGCGCGGCUGCGGCGCGCGCUGGACGACGGCAGCGCCGGCGCGGACGACGUGGCGGCGGGGGGCGGCUCCGGGAAGUACGCGGUGGUGCUGGGCCACAUGCGUCACGGCGACAUGACGGGCGAGGCCGCGAGCUACCUCCCGCGGUACCACACGAAGUUCCCGUUCCUGCGGCCCGACCGGAUCCGCGACGCGGCGGGCAAGCGGCCCGGUCAGCCGGGGUAUAACCCCAGGACGCUGGCAAUACCCCCCGGGUUCUUCAAAGAGGCCAAGAUCUCUCCGGGACAACAGCAGUGGUGGGAGUUCAAGGCCGCGAACUUCGACAGCGUGCUGCUGUUCAAGAUGGGCAAGUUCUACGAGAUGUUCGAGAUGGACGCGCACGUGGGCGUGGAGGUGCUCGGGCUGGCGAUCAUGCGCGGCGACCAGCCGCACGCGGGCUUCCCCGAGGUCAACUACCACGCGCACGCGGAGAUGCUGGUGCGCGCGGGGUACCGCGUGGUCGUCGUGGAGCAGACCGAGACCCCGCAGCAGCUGGCCGAGCGCAACGACCGCCGCCCGAAGGGCACGAAGAAGGACACCGUCGUGCGCCGCGAGGCCGUGGCCGUGCUCACACGCGGCACGCUGUACGACCCCGAAAUGCUCCACGGGUCGACGGACGCGACGUGGAUCAUGGCGCUCGUGGAGCCGCGCGCCGCCGGGGACGGCCGCGGCGGGCCGGCCGCUGCGUGCUUCUGCGACGUGGCCACGGGGCAGGUGCGCGUCGGCUUUUGGGAGGACGACGCACUGCGCAGCACGCUGCGGCGGCACCUCACGGCGCUGCAGCCGGUCGAAGUGCUGCUGCCGAAGGACGGACACGCGCUCCGGCCGUCCGCGGCGACGCUCAGGGUCCUCCGGGGCUGCCUCCGGUCCCCGCGGUACGAGUCGCUGCCGUGCGGCAACGGCGCUGAAGCCCGCGAGCGGCUCCUGAGCGGGGGUUACUACAGCGAGGGCGCCGGGGGCGAUGCGGCGAAGGGCCCGCGGCGCGUGCCGCCGCCGGAGGCCCUCGGGGCGCUCGCGGACGCCGGCGCGGGGGGGGAGUUGGGGCUGACUGCCCUGGGGGUCAUGGUGCAGUACUUGUCCGACGUGCUGCUCGACCGCGCCGUGCUGCCGCUCGCGCGCAUCGAGAUCCUCGCGGGCACCGGCGAGCGCGCCGCCCCCGCGGACACCCCCUCGGACACCCCCUCGGGCGCCCGGUGCCUGCUCGACGGCGCGGCCCUCGAGAACCUCGACGUGCUGGAGAGCGCGGACGGCGGCGCGGCGGGCAGCCUGCUGCACUGCGUGGACAACUGCGUGACGUCCUCGGGCCGCCGGCUGCUGCGGGAGUGGCUGCUGCGUCCGCUCGUGGAGCCCGCGGAGAUCGCGGACCGGCAGGGCGCGGUGGCGGACCUGCUCGGGGCGGCGUCGGACGCGAUGGCGGAGGCGCGCACGAGCCUUUCGAAGGUGGCGGACCUCGAGCGCGCGCUGGCGCGGCUGUUUGCGGCCGUCGCGGGCGGCGGCACGGGCCGCGACGCGGCGCGCGUGGUGCUGUACGAGGACAUGGCGAAGCGACGCAUCCGGGGGAUGGUGUCGGCGAUGCAGGGGCUGCGGAACAUCGUGGACGCGAUGGAGGCGUUCGCGGGCGUGGUCGGGGAGUGCAAGAGCGCGCUGCUGCGGGCGCUGGUGACGCCGGGGUCGGCGGAGCUGCCCGACAUCAGGGGGGAGUUGGGGGAGUUGGAGGGCGCGACGGACUGGGGCGCGGCGGCGACGGAGGGCCGCGUGCGGCUGAACCGCGGCGUGGACGCGGCGUUCGACGACGCGGUCGCGCAGGAGGACGCCUGCGACGCCGCGCUGCAGGAGUACCUGGAGGAGGCCCGGGGGCGUCUUGGGGGGAGUUCCCAGGUGGCGUUCGUGUCGAUCAUGUCGAACUCGCACCUCAUCGAGGUGCCCGAGGCCGCGUGGAAGCGCGUGCCGUCUGACUGGGAGCUCAUGGGCCAGCGCAAGGGCUUCAAGAGGUACACCAGCGAGGACCUCAAGGCCCUCGUCGCGGACAGGGACGCCGCGUUGGCUGCCAAGGAGGUGGUGCUGUCAGACGCGCUGUCGGCGCUGAUGGGGCGCUUCGCGUCGCACGCGGCGCUGUGGCGGCGCGCGGUCGCCGCGGCCUCGCAGCUCGACGCGAUCAUGAGCCUCGCGGUCGCGUGCGCGACGUCCGACGGCGCGAUGUGUCGCCCGCGGAUCGUUGCGCCCGACUCGGGCGGCUCCGUGUUCCGCGCCGCGGGGCUGCGGCACCCGGCGGGCAUCAGGACGCAGCAGGGGCAGGCGUUCGUGCCGAACGACAUCUGUCUCGGCGGCGACGCGGCGCCGAUGCUGGUGCUGACGGGCCCGAACAUGGGCGGCAAGAGCACACUCCUACGCCAGGUCUGUCUGACGGCGAUCCUGGCGCAGAUCGGCGCGUACGUGCCCGCGGAGUCGCUCGAGCUGACGCCCUGCGACGCGAUCUUCGUGCGCAUGGGCGCGAGGGACCGCAUCAUGGCCGGUCAGAGCACGUUCUUCUUGGAGCUGUCGGAGACGGCCACGAUGCUGUCGAAGGCCACGGCGCGGUCGCUGGUGGCUCUGGACGAGCUGGGCCGCGGCACCUCGACGUCGGACGGCGCGGCCAUUGCGUCGGCGGUGCUCGACAGCCUCGUGGCGGACACCAAGUGUCGCGGACUGUUUGCAACGCACUACCACCGGCUGGCUGGGGACCACGAGGGCGACGCGGGCGUGGCGAUCAAGCACAUGGCGUGCCACGUGGAGGAGUCCGAGGACGGCAAGCCCGCCAGCGUCGCGUUCCUGUACAAGCUGGCAGAGGGAUCGUGUCCCUUCUCGUACGGCGUCAACGUGGCCCGGCUGGCGGGGCUGCCGGAGAGCGUCAUCACGCGGGCGGCCGGGAAGGCCACGGAGCUCGAGGCGCAGAUGCUGGUGCGAGGCAUGCAGCGCGCAGCUGCGGCGAAGAACGCUGACAGCCUGCGGUCGCUCUGGCGGCUCGCCCAGCACGCGUGA